CACGCAUAGAUCGCAUCGACAGCAGCGCAUCAUAUGAGCGUAUUGGCUCGUUCCGUUUUUAUCAUUACUCUUAAUGCGCAUAGAAAAACAGAACGGACCUAUGCGAUCUUUGGACUGUUUGUAAACAGACAUGGCGGAUAAGAAGUUACUCGUUGUUGUGUCUUCUAUUAUCUGCAGCCAGAUUGACGAAGAAGAUUAUGACGAAAUUUCUUCAUCAUCCAGCAGUGAUUCCAAUGACAAUAAAGAUGAUUUUAAUGACGAGGAAAUUGACAUGCGUACCUUAUAUGUCAUGUUAAUGGCGAAUAAGACGCGCGGUCAAACUCGUCAAGUCGAAAAAGUAAACGAUUAUGUGGAACGAGUUAUUCCAGGAUAUUCAAAAAUAACUUUUAAGGAACAUUUUAGAAUGUUUCCAGAGACAUUUCAAAUAAUUCUGAGGCUUUUGAGGGCACCUUUGAAUGCCACAAAUGCUCGUGGAAGGAAACAAAUAUCUGCAGAAAAACAACUUUUAAUAACAUUAUGGUACAUGGCUACUCCAGAUUCAUCGAUCUGUGUGCGUCAAGUUUGGUGUGGGAAAGGCCACUGCAUUGCGCGCUGUGAGACAGGUAACUCAUAUUCUCCAUUGUCUAGCACCACAUUUUAUUAAAUGGCCAAGAGAAGAAGAGGCUAUCGAUACCAUGGAAGCAUUUAAAAAAGUAAAAGGUUUUCCAGGCGUUAUUGGGGCUAUUGAUGGCUCAUUUAUACAGAUACAUAGUCCUCAAAAAGAUGCAGCUUCUUAUGUCUGUAGAAAAAAUUAUCUCGCUAUUAAUCUACAAGUUGUGUGUAAUGCUCGAAGAUUAUUUACUCAUUGCUAUGCUGGGCAUGCAGGAUCUGUGCAUGAUGCACGAGUUUUUAGAAACUCUCCUCUAGCUGACUUUAUCCAACGGCCACAUAAUUAUUUUCCCUUCGAUUCUCAUCUUUUAGGAGAUGCAGCAUAUUCAAUUCAUCCACAUGUCAUAGUGCCAUUUAGAGAUAACGGACAUCUCAUUGCAAGACAAAAAAACUUUACUUAUUGCUUAUCAUCUACUCGCAUGGCCAUUGGAAGAGCUUUUGAACUUUUGAAAAUGAGAUUUCGAGUUUUACUUGACUGUCUGCCUCUUACUAAUAUGACCAAGAUACCACAAUUUAUUAUUGCAUGCUGUGUAAUGCACAAUAUUUGCAUAUUACAAAAUGACAAUAUUGAUAUUAUUGUUUGUCCUAACAAUGUUGAGAAUAUUGCCACUGGUGUUAUAGUAGCAGGGGCAGAUUUAGGCAACCAAAAAAGAAUAAGAAUCAUGAAUGAAUUGACAAUGAGAUUUAUAAAUGAAAACAAUUAGAUGUUUCUUUGACUUUGGACAGGUGGUUUGAGACCUUUAUUAAAAUGAUUUUAAUUUAAUUUAUAUUAAAAAUUUAUUGAUGUUUACAAUAUAAGAUAAAAAUGAAAUAACUUCCACAUAUUCUAGUGUAUUUCAUGUAUUUUAAUUAUAACAAUUGAUCAAUGUGUUAAAAACAAUUCUUUUUUGCUCAUGUGUUACUGAAAAAAGGAAAUAAAUAUAUCUGAAAUAA